UCGAUCCCGAAUGCGCGCCGCCUCUCCGCCGGUGCGUGUGCACGAGUGUCCGCAAAGCCGCCGCCGCCGCCGCCGCUCUGCAGGCGCGCAGUUCCAUCCGCAAACUUUGACGAGCUGCAACCUUCGGCGAGGAAACGGAACGCGCACAAAACACUUUGGUUUCGGGUCGCGUGCGCUGUCCGGUCCGCGCGAGCUUCUCAUCUCACCGACGAGUUGGAGGUUUUUGUCUGUUUUGGUUUUUGUUGCGAUUCGACGGAGGUCCUGCGUGUUUAUUUACGACUGUUUUGUGAAGUUUGUCACUAUCGUGUUUUUUUUUUAUUUCAAUCUGAUCUUUUACGUGUGUUCUUCUGUCUCACUCACCCCGACACUUACCUAAUUAUUUAUUAUUUAUUCGUCAUUUACCUAAACUCAUUCCCCGCAUCACAUCGCUGAUUGGCUCGUAAAUGGUUUCAAUAUACUCUUCUAAUUGUACUUAUAAUGCUACGUUUUUUUUUUUUUUUUCAACAAACAGGUGAUAAAAUGGAAAUCACUCCGGUUGAAAUAUUCAAAGAAGAGACCAAGUGCCUCCUCGAAGACUGUCCGGGGAAUUCUUCCUCCUGGAUGUCCGGAUACCCCGAGAGCCGCAACGAGAGCCACGAUGAUAACUGGGAGCCGGACGGCAUGUCGCCCAUCAUCCCCAUCAUCACUGCGGUCUACUCCGUGGUGUUCGUGGUCGGCUUGUUGGGCAACUGCCUCGUCAUGUAUGUGAUCGUCAGGUACACAAAGAUGAAGACCGCCACCAACAUUUACAUUUUCAACUUGGCUCUCGCCGACGCCCUGGUCACCACCACGAUGCCCUUCCAGAGCACAGACUACCUGCUCAACACCUGGCCCUUCGGCGAGGUGGUCUGCAAGGUCUUCAUCUCCAUCGACUACUACAACAUGUUCACCAGCAUCUUCACCCUCACCAUGAUGAGUGUGGAUCGCUACGUGGCCGUGUGCCACCCGGUGAAGGCCCUGGACUUCCGCACUCCGAUCAAAGCCAAGAUGAUCAACGUGUGCAUCUGGAUCCUGUCGUCGGCGGCGGGCAUUCCCGCUUUCGUCCUGGGGGGCACCCAGACGAAGAGCGACGUAACCGAGUGCGCCUUGCAGUUCCCCGAGCCGUACGUGUACUGGGACACGCUGAUGAAGAUCUGCGUGUUUGUCUUCGCCUUCGUCGUGCCUGUGCUCAUCAUCACCGUGUGCUACUCCCUCAUGGUCCUGAGGCUGAAGAGCGUCCGAAUGUUGUCCGGCUCCAGGGAAAAAGACCGCAACCUGCGGCGGAUCACGCGGCUGGUGGUGGUGGUGGUGGCCGUGUUCGUGGUCUGCUGGACGCCCAUUCACAUCUUCAUCCUGGUCAAGGCGCUGGCGAGCGUGCCCGAAACCACCGCCAUCAUGGCCGCCUACUUCUUCUGCGUGGCUCUGGGCUACACAAACAGUAGCCUGAACCCCGUCCUGUACGCCUUCCUGGAUGAGAACUUCAAACGCUGCUUCAAGGACUUCUGCCUCUCGGCCAAGCUGAGGGGGGAGAAGGUGUCGGGCAGCAGGAGGACCGCCAGCGCGCGGGAAGCCGGCGUUCCCCUGGGGAACCCGCACGGGACUACAAAGCCGACGUGACUAGCGGUGGAACUGUCUUCGAUCUCUCACAUUGGAAAAGAGGACUCGCGGGACAUUGGCCUCACGCACGUCACAUCAGCAAUGUAGUUCCGUCUUAGUUGCAGGGUUUAUUUCACUCGUGUUUUAUCCAGUGGCCACAUUUCUUUUCAGAGAUCGAAUGAAGGGUUCGUGCUACAUACGGUGCGCCGCCAUGUUUUCCCUCAAGACAGAUUGUGUGUUGAGAUGGAAGACCAAAUGUUCGUCUCCAACAGGAACCAUUUCCUUUCCUAGAAAGUCGUUGUUUACGUAGAUUACAAGUAUUCCUAUCAGUUUUGUCAGUAUUGUCCCCAAACAAUAUCACACAAGACUGAACGUGAAUAAAAAGCCAGAAAUUACAAAGAGAAUUAAUGACUAUUUAAUGUGAAAAAAGAAAAUGGUGACAUGAUUCGCUCCUUCUCACGGCGCACUUGUUACAUCUGUGUGUUUAUGGUUAUAUGCUCAUUCAAUUUGGUUUCCUGCUUUCUUUCUUUCUUUCUCACAUUCUAUGUAUUCCUGUCGUUUCCACCUACGGUGUUUCCAUCACCAAACGUGCCUUCAACAGUCCAGGAUUGCAGAUGUUUGUAACAGAGGGAAAUUAUUUCAGUCACUAUUAGUAAGAACUGUUUUUUCUUAUACAGCUAACUAGUUAGGGGUGGCUGACAUCCCAUAUGCGCCAUGAUACUUUUAAUUUCUGUGUGUAAAUUGUGCUGAUUGACAACAACGUGAAAGAACCGACUCGUGUUUGGAAAAAAAAAGAAAAAGCUUUUAGAGUUCAUGCGAAAAGUUGGAAAUCCUGGACUUGAAUGUGCUUUUAAAAAUUUGACAGAGGGCUCUCUAACAGCUUUGACUCUGGAGUUGUGUCCAGUUUAAUAAGUUGUUUAAUUUGUGGUAUAUCAUUUAAUCACAUGUGCUUUGUGUGGCUUUUUACUAUGAUACACAUAGUCUUACUGAAAUACUAUUAUUGUAAGCAAAUGUUCUCAUCUGUGCAAUCUGAAAACUAAAAACAUGAAUAGCUGUUUAAACAAGUCGGUUAAAUACCUUUUAUUCUGACAAAUGUGCAAUGAGUUAUUUGUUAUAGAGAAACAGAAAAAGACUUGCACAGACAUCAUUGAAAUAUAUCGUAUCUGCAGCAUGUCAAUGAUCAUUGCUACGAUGGAAUAAAGCAACAUGGGCAGCUGAUGCUCGAUGGGCUGCGCUGUUAUUUUGAAUGUACUGCGAGUAGACUGUCUUAUAUUCACCACUCGUGAUAAUAACAUAUGCACCACUUUAGAGGUCAGCUACGUAAUUCAGAAGUAAAAUCCAUUUUCAAAAACAUUCUGUCUCAUGUCACUGAGAGCUUUGUGGGUUUGGGGAAAUUUCUUUUCAUGUUUUAUUGUUAAAAUAGAUUAAAGAAACAGACGUUCUGCUACUUGACAACAAAAUAAGAGACAUUGUUGAAAGAAACUACACUGUGACCAAGACCUCAUUGCUUUCUUUUCAGUCUCUUUAAAAUCUGCUGCCGCUGUAUAUUGGCUUUGAACGCUGUCCACUGAACAGCAGACGUGUUAAUAAAUAACAUAACCGCUCCGAAUGCUAAAUAUUAAAGCAAGCUUAACAAAUGUAGAUGUUCUUCUCGCAGUUACACCUCGACUUGUUGUCAGUUUUGAUAUGUAAAUUCUCAGUAAUAUUUUAAUGUGAUACUUUAAAUGCUGCUACAAGUGUAUUUCUAUGUUGAUUAUUUUGUUUGAAAAUAAAACGCUGUCUCUCUAGGUGGCUUUUUUAAAUUA